GUAGCUACAGGAUAUCAGUAUCAGCAAGUCAACAUCAGAAAUCGAUCAAUAAAUCUCCAUCGUUGCUCUUGUUUUCUUUCAGUGUUUCAAAGCAACUCGCUUCCUUCUUCCGAUCUGGUAUCAUCUUCUUCGCUUCCUUUUUCCUUUGUUGUUUUUACGGUAAUUAAUGGCGGAAACCGGCGGUUCUUCCUUGUAUAGUUGCAGAAACUGCCGAAAUCCACUUGCGUACGCCGAAGAUCUCUUAUCUAAAACUUUCAAGGCAAAAUCGGGAGCGGCUUACAUGUUCUAUCAUGCAAUGAACGUUGUGAUUGGGCGAAGGGAAGACAAACUGUUAAUUACCGGUAAUUUUAGCAUAGCUCCUGUUUAUUGUAGUAAGUGCGGAGUGGAGCUCGGCUGGAAAUAUAUUCAGGCUUAUGAGCGAAGCCAAUGGUACAAGGAAGGCAACUUUAUUCUCGAGAAAUUGAAGAUAAUCGAGGAAUUCGCCUGAUAUUUUGGCAUAUAUGCGUCUCUCUCUAUAUAUAUAUAUAUAUCGUAAUAUGUGUGACAUACACAUAUAUACAUGCAGAAGAAACUAUGCCACAUGUGAAAUUUAUUACCGUUAAAAAAAGGUGUUGAUAAAUGAUUGUAUUUUUCACUUAUCUAUGAAGCUAUUCUAGUAAAUUUACACAA